AUGACUCCAACAUUUGGCCCAACACUUUCCACAAUACUUAGUAUUACCGUAGUUCAUAAUAAUUUUGAUGAUGAUUUAAUUAACAAUAAUCAUCAUUUUCGAGAUGCAUCCAUAUCACAACAUUCGGCAUUGUCACGUCGUUCAUCCGAAUCAUUUGUUGAUACUAAUAUGGCCCAAUAUUUCAAGAAACAGUCAAUUCGACGAUACACUUUACCAUCUAUAAUAAACUCUCUGAGUAAUUCGACUGGUCAAGAUCACAAUAAUUCUACUCCAGUUCCUCAAUCUCCUGGUUCUAAUCCAAGAUUUUGGGAAAUAGGAAAUCGUCGUGAAGAUUCAUCGGUUCAAGUUGCCAUGGAACAUGUCCAAUUUGGUUUAUAA